AUGAAGCCUCUGGCUCCUAAUAGGCUAGCGUCGUCAAUCCAGAAUUUCCGGGAAACCUUUGGAUCCUUGGAAUCGCUCUUCGACCUUCGCAAGCCGAUACAACUCGAGUUCGAGGACUACCUACCCGUCAGUCCGAUCCCUCUGCGGGAAGCCAAGGAAGAAACUUCGGAGUCGGAGUACGAGUUCGCCCCACCCGGAGACUUUAUCGAGUCUCUCAAGCCGGUGUUCCCAGAAGUUGAGCCCCACCUCGUUCUACCGGAUCACGAAGUCGCACGUCACUCGGAAGGGGAGUCCGAACUGAAGUCUGGUGAUUUUCGAACAGUUGGUGAUUCUUCACCCGUACUGCCAGAAGCCGAGAAGAAGGACAUUGCAGAAAUGGCGGACAAAGAGAAAGUUUCGAAGGCGGAAGAUGGAUGUAACAAAGCCGCCAAAGCGCCAAAUAGAGAGAUAGAAAAUGUCAAAGCAGCCCCGGCUGCCUGUCGGGACGCUCGGGACGGGGAGGCGGCCGGUAACAAACCACCGGCUUAUCCGUUACCUCCGAACUUGGGUUUAGGUGUCGUGGUUCCAAAUGAUAAGCACAGCGACUCGAUCAUGAGCACGAUUCCCCUGACCGAUCCUUGCGUAUUUGAAGAAAUUAUGAAUAAUCAAAAGGAAGCGAAAGCCAUAAAGAAGAUCAUACAAGAAGACAAGGAUAUCAUUCAAGAGUUUUCUCAAAAAGAAGAACUGUCGGUAGAAGACACGGCUAAUUUUAGGGAAGUGCAGACGCGCUUGAUGUCUAAUGUCGCGAAACUGAACAACAUUACCCGCAAACUGGAACGAACCAUCGGUGUUUUGGAUCCGUCCACGCGAACUUUUGCAAAAAUGUUCGACAUGUUGCCUUAUCCACAUCAGGAUAAGGACAAAUGUAAAAAGGUGUGUGAAAAAACUUGCGAGCCCGACAAACCUUGCGAGAGGUUCGCGUUCCCUGAAAUCGACUAUCCCGAGGACAAAUUACCCAGGGUCAUUGUUUGCGGCAACACGGAAGAAAAUAUUCCGAAGAUAGUUGUUGCGGACAGCAGGCCGAAAAGUCGGGGGAAAAAGUGCAUUGAAAAUUUAACAGGCAGACUGACGGAAUUUCUGUCGCUGCAAGAUAAAAUGGCCAAAGAAAAUGCACAGCUGGAGGGUGGAAAAUAUCAGCUACAAAGGGAGCUGCUGGAAAAGGACAAUGCGGUGGAAUGUCUGCAACGAAAAAUUUGUGGCCUACAGGCUGAUAUUCGUAUUGUUAUGAAGGAGAAUUCUGAGCUAAAUAAUAAGCUCAACUGUAUUCAGCAGCAACAGCAACAGUCGCGUUGCUCUUCGCCCCAAUCGCGGCCGGCAACUUCGGCAUCGUCUCCCUCUAGGUCUCCUUGUCUCUCGCCACAACGGCCCGAACACUCGCCCAAUCGUCACAAGGAUCUUUCGUGCAAGUGCAGUGCAAGGGGAGCCGAACAGACGAUUCAGCCGCCCCUCGAAACACCUCCCGGAUGCGAAAGCAAAUUGUCAAUAACCAGGGUAUGGAGAAAAAAAAGUAACAGUAGACUAUUGCUCGUAAAGGAAGAUCCGUUUCCUCGCCUGAGAGAGGAGCUCGCAACUCUGAUGACGGAAUUAUUGAAAGCGGAGCGAGAAAAGGAUCAAUUGGAGCAGCAAAAAAAAUUAAUCGAGUGCGCUAACCCCCGUACCCGGUCAGGCUGUCCUGAACCACUUAGAGUUCCCAGCAUACCGUCCAAGAUCACUAAGGACUCGUCACCUUGCCUGCCCUGCAGCGACUUGCCGAAUUGCGUCGAGCAGCAACUUCGAGAUUUGCGAGAACAGUAUGCUCGCCUCCAAGACGAUUACAAGAGCAAACUGUGCGAAGUGUCGCGGCUGCGAACCGACUCGGAGGCUUUGAGGCGAGAGACUCGCGAAGCCAAGGAAGAGCGCGAAUGUCUCGAAAUCAAGUUGAUAGACGCGCAAGAGAGAUUGCGAGCGGUCGAGGGAGAACGGAACGAUCUGCUCGGCACCAAGGAGCAGCUCGUGGAGCAAGAGCAAACUCUGCUAGUGGCGAGACAGCGCUUCCGAGAAGCACAAGACGAACUUGAGGAGUUGCGCACCAUGAUACGUGACCAGGCGACGCAGUUGGACGAUUACCAGAAUAAAUAUUUACAAGCUCAGCAGAUCGUCGAAGAACAGCGGCGGCAGCUUGAUCUGAUGGACAUGGACAACGCUAGAAUGAACGAAAAUGUUACCUUGGAGAUCGGUCGUGUGAAGAACCAAUUUCAAGAAAAACUAGCUGAACUAGCACCGCUACCCGACAUCUUGAAGCAGACGCAGAUGAAAUUGCAAGAAUCUCAGCAAUUGCGAAUGCUAGCCGAGCACAAUUGCGAAGACUUGUCUCGAGAACUACUCGGAGCUAAAGAAAAAAUUGAUGCCAUGCAAACGCAAAUAAAUGAUUUGCAGCGAGAACUUCAAACGCUUCUGAAGAAUGACGGUGGUGGCCGCAUCGAUGAACUGGAGAAGAAGAAUAGCGAGCUGCGUACCGAUAAUGAGCGGAUGAAAAACGCUAUCGCACGCUUCGAAGAGCAAUGUGCUAGCAUGCAAAAGCGUCAAGAUGAGAAGCAGCACGAGAUAGCUCAGCUCACGGCCAUGCUAGAGCAGGUACGCGAGGAUUCGGCAAGGCAAGUGUCAAGAACUAAAGAAAGAUGCGAGGCCAUAAAACGCAGCAUGCAAGCACAAAUUAGCGACUUUGAAAUACAAUUGGCGCAAUGUCGAGCGGCGGCUAAAACGGCGCAGAAAGAAAGAGACGAGAUAAGGCAGAAGAUGCAGAGCCAGAUCGGAAACCUGAACGAAGCACUGCAACAGGCUCAGGGUAGAAUAAGAUCGUUGCAAGGACAUGUCGAUUACUUGAAAGUAUCGUACAGUAACAUAUUUAAAGGUCAAGAGCAAUGCGAGACUGUGUCGCAAAUAGAAUCUCCUGCGCCUGGUUAUGAUUCUUGUGAUUGCAACUACUAAAUUUCUUAUUGAAAUCUGUAUUUAUUGUCUCUUUUUCUCUUAACAUAAGUAUAUUUUUAAAAGAAUGAAAUAAAAUUAUUGGCAGAUAACU